AUGGUUUCCAAAGGACGAUCGCAAAAGGAUGUGAGUUUAAAACGUCGUUUAGGAAAGGUUGAAAAUUGAGACAGUUAAAUAUAUAAAAUUCUUUUGUUGCCUUGGAGAGUUACACUAGGUUUCCUUCCAAUUAUUUACAAUUAGACUUAUUAGUAGAUACUAAGAAUACUAAGUGUACCUAAAGCUCUGAUCAAACGAGGAUGAGAGUUGAGAAGCAAGAGUUUGCAUGAGAAUUUUCUCAACUCUGAUCAUGCCCUGGUGAAACGAACACAAGAGUCGCACGAGAGUUGACUGGAUCUUACUCUUGCAGUCUUGUCAACUCUCAUUAAAAUUUGAACCAGCUCAAAGUUGAAAAGAAUUGAGGAGAGUGCAUGGGAGUCUAUGAGAGUUGGCGGUCAACUGUUAGAGAGAGUUGCAACUCUCACUAAUAAUCUAAUUACUCCACUUAUCCUGUUUGACCGAGGCUUCAGUGUACAAUGUGUAACUUACAUUUAUACAUUUUGUGUACAAAAGUUAUAUAAAAUUCGGUUUUAUUAUCUUUUUUUAGACGCAUUGCCCUAAUCCUUUUUGCCUUGACUUUCAUUAUUCCACAAAUUUAUGUUGUAAUGUUGUAAGUAUUGAAUUACUGUUUUGGUAAUCAAUUCAUUGUGAGCACAUUAUGCAAAUCAGGUAACUAAAUGAAUAAUGAAUCAUGGUAUACCAUAAUCUAACUUUACAGGGAUAAAAGCACAAGAUAUUGUGAUCAACCUCUCUUACAGAUUGCUGUAGCUUCAUUGAUAUUUACAUUUGCUAUGAUAGGUAAAUUAUAUUGUAAAUUAAAUAAUAAAAAGUUUCACAGUGUUAACAGUCCAAACAAACUAAUUUGAAUUUAAUAAUAGUUUAUCACGUUUUAAGAGUUUAAUAGAAAGGAAAAACUAUUUCAGUAAUCAGUAGGGUAAUCCAACCAUUGCUCAAUUACAAGACCAAUUUGUUCUCAACAAUAAAGCCCUGAUUUAUAAAAAUAAAUUCAGUAUUUCUAUAAAUCUAAAACAAAAUAUUCGUCUGGAUAUGAAAACAAUAAUUUACAAAUUAUUAAAUACAUGAAAUGUUUAAAGGGUAAAAUUGAAAAGAUGUUCAAGUACUAUUUAUUUAUAAUCAGGGAGUCAAAAACUACUGCAUUUAUAACCAUUUUGUCGAUUUUUAAAGAGCCUUUGGCAAAUGCAGUAAGUUGCUACAUGUAUUAAUGAUAAACUGGUGGACAGACACUAUGUCUGUGAGAAAAAGUAAUUUUGUAGAAACUUUGGGCAGUUAUUAGUUAGUCUUUUAUCAACAAGCAGCUGUGUCAGUACACAGCAUGGUUUUAUCUUUUUCAAGUUAUACACAGCGGAUUUCUGCCAAAAAUAUCACAUAAUUAACUUGAUACAGUUAUCAAGUUAAUUAUGUGAUAUUUUUGGCAGAAAUCCGCUGUGUAUAACUUGAAAAAGAUAAAACCAUAAAGUUGUUGCAUAGCCAUUUUUGAAACCUAUAAUAAGUAAAUUAAGUCAACAUGAUGCUGUUAAAUUUGUUAACCUUACUGUUCAAACUAUCUAAGUCCAACAUUUUGACAUUUCCUAGCCUUCACUUUUCUGUUCACCAUGAUGGAACCUGUUCCAUGGCAACUGAAGAUUGCGUUCCAUUUCUUUGGUUUUGCUGCGUUUCUCAUGGGCCUUGUACAGUUUGGUUCAACCAUGGCUUCACACGACUGUGUAAGAAAAUAUAUACCACAGACACAGUAUAUACACUAAACAAUGUCUUUUUCUCUCUUCAAAUCCUUUUCCCUUUUUGAAUUGUUUUGUUUACAUGCACUCAUCUGUUUUUCUUUACUGCAAAUGCAGCUAUACAUAUUUCGUAUAGAUUAUAUUAUAGUAAUACAGUUUUAAUUUUUCCCGCAUUUUAUUUUAUUGCUGUGUAGUGGUUUAAUACACCAGAGCUCUACUCGCUGUCUUUGUCAUUUAGCAUUUUGGCUAUGUUAACAUCAGGUAAGUUGAAAACUAUAUGAGGACUGUUUUAAUGGGGAUUUUUGAUGUCAGUUGUCAGCAGAAAUAUAGGCUUUUGUUAACUGUCAGGAGGCUAGGAUAUUUUAUAUCAUGUCUGCUCCAAAAUGCUAUUUGAGCGAUCGUUUGUCAGCUAUUACGAUAUUUUGUCAGUUAUGAAAAUACAGGUAAAUAUUAGUAACUGUGUAUACAUUUUGACCCUCUAUAAAUGCAGUAUCUUUCUUCUAUCUAUCUUUAUUUGAUAUUUGUAGUGUUUCUUUUGCUGAUGUUGCCAUUCUGGUUCAUCAACUAUUUCUUCCCUCAUUCCGUGUUGAGUCGAAAAGAACGACGAGGAAUGUGCUACGAACCAGUCAAAUGCUGCACUUGUCUUUGGCAUAUAUGA